GGGGCGGGGCGGCCGGCCGAGCCCGGGGGCAGCGGAUCCGGGAACUGCCAGCGCGCAGCGCUGCCAGUCUGCCCGCCCGCCCUCUCCCCUUGGCGCGGCGGCGGGGAGGCGAGGAAUCUAACAACUAUCCCAGCUCUUUGGAACACUGCAUGACACUACAUCAUGAGUGACGGUAAAUGUGAUAGUCAGUUUUACAGUGUGCAAGUGGCAGACUCAACAUUCACUGUCCUAAAACGCUACCAGCAGUUAAAACCAAUUGGCUCUGGAGCUCAAGGAAUUGUUUGUGCUGCUUUCGAUACAGUUCUUGGGAUAAAUGUUGCAGUCAAGAAACUAAGCCGUCCUUUCCAGAAUCAAACCCAUGCAAAGAGAGCUUAUCGUGAACUUGUCCUCUUAAAAUGUGUCAAUCAUAAAAAUAUAAUUAGUUUGUUAAAUGUGUUUACACCACAAAAAACUCUAGAAGAAUUUCAAGAUGUGUAUUUGGUUAUGGAAUUAAUGGAUGCUAACUUAUGUCAGGUUAUUCAUAUGGAGUUGGACCAUGAAAGAAUGUCCUACCUUCUUUACCAGAUGCUUUGUGGUAUUAAACAUCUACAUUCAGCUGGUAUAAUUCAUAGAGAUUUGAAGCCCAGCAACAUUGUAGUAAAAUCAGACUGCACCCUUAAGAUCCUUGACUUUGGUCUGGCCCGGACAGCAUGCACUAACUUCAUGAUGACCCCCUACGUGGUAACACGAUAUUACCGAGCACCCGAAGUCAUUCUGGGCAUGGGAUACAAAGAAAAUGUGGACAUCUGGUCUGUCGGGUGCAUCAUGGCAGAAAUGGUCCUCCAUAAAGUCCUGUUCCCAGGAAGAGACUAUAUUGAUCAAUGGAAUAAAGUUAUUGAGCAGCUAGGAACACCAUCAGUGGAUUUCAUGAAGAAGCUUCAGCCAACUGUGAGAAAUUACGUGGAAAACAGACCAAAGUAUCCUGGAAUCAAAUUUGAAGAACUUUUUCCAGAUUGGAUAUUUCCAUCAGAAUCUGAACGAGAUAAAAUAAAAACAAGUCAAGCCAGAGAUUUGUUGUCGAAGAUGUUAGUAAUUGAUCCUGACAAGCGAAUCUCUGUAGAUGAAGCUUUACGUCACCCAUAUAUCACUGUGUGGUAUGACCCUGCUGAGGCAGAAGCACCACCACCUCAAAUUUAUGAUGCUCAAUUGGAAGAAAGAGAACAUGCAAUAGAAGAAUGGAAAGAGCUGAUUUACAAAGAAGUAAUGGAUUGGGAAGAAAGAAGCAAGAAUGGUGUUGUAAAAGAUCAGCCUUCAGAUGCAGCAGUAAGUAGCAAUGCCACUCCUUCUCAGUCGUCAUCUAUCAACGACAUCUCAUCCAUGUCCACUGAGCAGACACUGGCCUCGGAUACUGACAGCAGCCUCGAUGCCUCGACGGGACCCCUGGAAGGUUGUCGAUGAUAAGUCAGAAAUAGCAGACUUAUCAUCAGUGAAGGAACUCUCACUUCCAGGGGCCUUCGAUGCUUGGGAGUUGAUGGAACCAAAUAGAGGAGCUCCAUGUUCUGCAUGUAAGAAACACAAUGCCUUGCCCUUACUCAGUUCUACUAGGAUUGCCUGCUUAGAUUAUAAAACGAAGCAGAUUAUGUCUGAAGAAAAAAAGUGCAAGCCACAAUUUUAGAGAUUUUUGUUCAAGAUCAUUUCAGGUGAGCAAUUAGAAUAGGUGAAUUUUUUUUAUUACAGUUAUUUGGUGAUAGUAAUGACAAUUUCUCAUCAUCAGUAUCGAUUGGGACUUAUAUGCAUGUGACCACAAAUGCUUGCUUGAUCUUGCCCAUCUAGCACUUUGGAAAUCAGUAUUUAAAUGCCAAAUAAUCUUCCAGGUAGUGCUGCUUCUAGACUUAUCUCUUAAUCCUCUUAAGUAAUUUGGUUGUCUGUUCAGAAAAAAUAGAUUUAUGUGUCUUGAUUGGCCAUCAUCAUAUUAUCAUAUCUUACCCUCUUUUUAUGGUGUCAUCAUUUACUCUCUUUUGUAUUUCAGACAAAAAGGAGUAUCUAUUCAAUAAAUAAAAAGCCAACUUUUCUUUAAUUUGUGGUGUUGGGCUGAGAAUUAUCAUUCCUAAAACCGAGACACUUAUAGGUACUCUUUUUUCUCCUAGAUUGUCUUGAUUCGAGAUGAUCUGUAAAUUCAGCUUUACCACAUGAUAAAAUUUUAAGUUCUGUUUUGUACUGCUGAAGACAUGUAGACCUUUAAAAUCCUAUCUACUUUACCUCUUAUUUCUUAGUCUCCUGAACUUAUUAUUAGUUUAAAAUACUACCUAGAACUUUACCACCUUUAUUAGGCACGUAAUGCUCCAUCUCAAUAAUAUGAUGGCAAAUGGAUUCUUGAAUCCUAGAGUAGAAUUUUGCAAAAUAACCACUGCAGAUGAUCACAGCCGUUUGCGAAGUGAUGACUCUGAGGCAGAGACUGGACUGGGUCCUUUACUUAACCUUACAUCAUUUAAGGUAAAAUACGUGAGUGGACAAGGCAGUGUUUCACUUUUCUAAUACAGCAUCAUUAUUCAAUUUUAUUUCUCUUCUAAAAGAAACCAGGUUUGAUAUAAAUUCCGCUUUAGUCCAUUUUAGGAAGCAAGGCUGAUUUGGAAUGCUUGUUCGUCCUUGUUUCCCAUUUGUGGAGACAUUUCCUGUCCCUAAGGGAAAGCUGUGAGAGGUCUAGAAAAACUCUUCAGAGGGAGAGGGAUGAAGGACCCUGAAGAGUAGUGAUUAAUGAUGGAUUGUUUUAUGAUUUAAAACUGCUCACCUGAAAUUGAUACUUUCAGACUUUUUGAUAUGUAAGUUAUUCACAAGUCAUGAAGAUACUGAGUAUUUAAAUAUCAUUGCAGAAAUGGAGUUACAGUGAUCACAUUUCAGCUACCUGUGCUCAUGUUUUUUCUUUUGAGCUUACUUUGUUAUCGAUACAUAUUUUGUGUUUAAUUAUUUUGGACACUAUUUGUUCAACAUUCUGUAGAAUGUAUUCUGAGGAGGAAUUUUGAUAAGAAAGUUUAUUAUAAAUAUUAUCUAAAAUAUAUGAUUCUCUCUGUACCAGUUGUAUCUUAUUGGUUGGUCUUAUCACUGGAAUCUAGAGUCCUUGAUGAACAAAAUUAAUAUUGAAAUAAGAAAUCAUUUUAUAUUGUACUAUUAGACACAUUCUAGUAAAAAAAAUGGAAGUACUAACUUGGAUUGAGGCAGAAACGCCUCUUAGGUGGCUUGGGGUUAUUUUGGCCUUGGUGGCCCGUUUGUUUAAUUAAGGAAGAUAUCACUAUGCAUAUAAACAUCUUAAAAUGGCCUUCUCUCUGAUACAUUUUCUUUAAAAAGACUUUAUUAAAUCUGUCUUUGAAAGGAAAAACAAAGAAAGGGGAGGUUUUUGAAACUUCACGAUCUGCCCUGAAAGCUGUGUAAAUGCAGCACCCCGGUUAUGAGGGUACAUCAAGGUCCCGUUGCUAGAAGACAUCCAUAAAUGGAGUGAAGUGCCCACAGAUCGGCUUUCUGCUCACUUGUCCCUCUGUGCCUUUCAGUGGGCCUGUUGUCACAGAUGAAGCCGUGGUAGUGGGGACAGGUUUCCUGCCACGACCAUCUUCCAUCAGGGAUUGGUGAGUGCACCUGGGAAAGGCCACAGGGCUGGAGACAGCCUGUCCUCAUAGAAAUACCUCACCCCGUCCCAGGAUUAUCCCUCCUGAGCCUAGCAUUGCCAUGGUCCUGGUGCAGUGCACAUGGUUUCAAAUUGAUCUCCAUGGAUAAAAGCUGAUGUUGGAUAAAGAAUUGAAAAAUGUGCUCAACUUUUUCAUCUUUUCUAUUUUAUUUUUGUAAUUUAUAUUGUAAACAACCCUGGAAGUAACUAUUUUGGACAUGUAUUUUUAUAAACCAGGUAAUUUAUUAUUAUCCUGGAAUUUGGACAAGCUUUGUUUUGUUUAUUGGCUUAGUUUUCAGGCACAAAGGAAAUGACUGCCUCCCCUCUGUCAGGUCUUGAUUUCAAAUGCAGGUUCCAGAGAGCAGACAGAGUCCUAACAGAAUAUGAGAGCAGUUUAGAAGCACUGCUGAAGAGAUGACUCAGCUCUGGUCAUCGAGGAGACAGGAAACAGGGCUCAGCUCUUAUCUUUGGAACAUGAUGUUCAGAGCUCAGGGCUGGAAGGAGAACGCCCUCUAUAGGACCCCUGGCUGAUACCCAGAAUCAGUAGUUGAGACACUGAAUGGGAUCUGGUUUAAUCAGAAUGUAAUGCUGUGUACAUCAUGAUAACUGUGGAUGAGUGUGGUUGAUUUACAGUAACCCCUCCAGUAUUUCAUACUGGUAGUAAAUUUAGGUGUGGCCUAUCAGAUUGCAUAUCUCAAAAGUAACAUUGCCUAAGUUUUUAUAAUAAAGUAUAUUAUGUGUGUUUUGAUUGGUGAAAAUAAUACAGACUACAUUUUAAAAGAGAAAUAUAUUACAUGUCCAAUUUUUGUGUGUUUUUAAGUGACACUUGACUGUGUAUUUUUACAUCACCAUCUCUGAUUACAGACUUAACAUGAACACAGGUAGAUGUUGGAGUGUCGUGAUUUCAAUCAACGUUAGUGUCUUAGUUAUCUACUGCUGCUGUCACAGAAACACCACAAAUGGAUGACUUUAACAAACAAAUUUAUUUUCUCACAAUUUAGGAGGCUAGAAGUCCAAAUUCAGGGUGUCAAAUCCAGGGGAAGGCUUUCUGUCUCUGACAGCUCCAGGGUAAAGUCCUUGUCUCUUUUAACUUCUGCUCCUGGGCAAUCUUCCUGUGGCUAGGCGUCUCUCUUCCCCCCAUCUCUGCUUCUCUCGUUUGCUGGUUUAAUCUCUUAUAUCUCAAAAGAGAUUGAGUCAAGAUACACCCUAUACUAGUCCUGCAUCAUUAACAUAACAAAAACAACCCAUUCCCAAAUGCUAUUAUUACCACAGGCAUAGAGUUAAGAUUUACAACACAUAUUUUGUGGGGGGACACAAUUCAGUCUAUAACAGCAAAUGUUUUCAAAUUGAAAGGAAAAGCAUAUGUCUGUUAUUCUACUUCUGAAAAUAUUCUGCAAAUCUCUGAAUCUAAUUUUUCAUAAACAAUGACAGUAAAUUUUGACUUCAAAAAUGUGCAAGUACAAAAUUGAAUAUUGAGGGUAUUAGUGUAGUUGUUUGCUCACACAGGGUGCUCAGGAGACUCCACCAGUUAACCUUCACUUGUAUUACUUAAAAUCUUUCGUGGUGCUUCUGGCUUUAUGCCUGGGAUUAACCACUUUUAAUUUCCUUUCUGGUUUUGAGGCACCUUAGGAUGUUUGAUACUUAAAAUCAUAGGACUGGUUCAAUUUCUUUUCUCUGCUUAAAAGAAGGACUGGAAUCAUUCUAGACCCUAAUAUCCAGAGUAUUAAUCUUAUUUUAAAAGGUCUCUAGAGAAGGAAAACAUUUGAUGUUGGGUUUCAUUUCUCUCUGUCUUACCUCCUUCCCCACUUCCAACAUCCACUUCCAACAUAGACGGUACUAAAAUACUUUUUACCUAUUGACUGAAAUGAUGGGUGUGGGUGUGGUUUUUUGGGGGAUGUGAGGGUUAAUAUUUCAAAAUAACCCCAUAAUCAGCUACUUAAUAUUGCCCCCAAAUUCUGUGGUUAUUCAUAUGAAUUUAAGCAUAAGGUUUGACACAAUAAGGUAGUCGAUAUUUUUUGUUUUUAAUCAGAAAAGUUAACAGCCAUCACAGUGCCAGAAAGAGACUCCACUGAAGUUGUAUGUGCCCACAUCCAGGAUUUAAGGGGGAUACAACUGUCAAAGCUACUGAGAAUAUGUCACACACUGUGCACUCAGGUCCUGAGGCCACAUGCUCCUCCACAAAUCGAAAGACUAAGGCUUUGGGGACUGAGUUGUCAUUGUAAGCAAGAGUAUGUGCUACUGACAUUCCUUUGUCAUGGUAUUUUAGAGUAGGAAGGAAAAUUAUUUAAAAGUCAUCUAGUGUGGUCCCCCACCGUACAGCAGUGAGGGACUGUAGUGGCAGAGAGGAGAGCAAUGCAGCCUUCAUCAGGAAGGGAAGCAGAAGGUUGCUCCUCCCUGUGUGCUACCUACCACGUGUUCUUGCAGAUCUCACUCUUUGCCCUUUUGGUCAUAAACAUCUUUGAGAAUCUGAUGAAAACUAUGUUCCUCUCCCUAGAGAAAUGCCACGAGCACAGAAUUUGCCAAACUUUCAGGGGAAUCACAGACCCCAGUGGAUACCAUGUGAAGAUCCCUUUCUCCAUGUAUGCUGCAUGUUCUUAGAGUGAACCAGAGCCUGCCAGAGCACUCUGCUCACCUAUCUGCUCUCAGUUGCCCUGACACCUUGGCAUGCAGAUCGUAGGAGUGAGUAGGGAAAUGUUAAGUCUUCACUAUGAGACCCAGCACUAAUUGGUAUUCUUACUUGGUAUCAAACAGGCUUAGUUCCAGUAAAAUUUAGGCUGUUUCCAUGAUUCCUUCCAUGUGGAACUUAGGUGCAAAACUGAAAAGAAUGUACUGUAGCUACAGCUUAUAGUACAGACUUCAUAGAAACACAGGUGUAAUUAAAUGCUGCAUUUCUUAAUUUUAAAGAGGUACUUCUGCUGAGCUUUGGUUGACUGAAAUAAGUACUGUCUUUCACUUAAAUAGCUAUUUCAGAUUGAUUCUUCAGUAAUACUCUCUUCUCCACAAAACUUGCCUAUGACUUUCCUAUAGUUCUUUUUUUUUAAAUAAUUUUUAUUGUGCUUUAAGUGAACGUUUACAAGUCAAGUCAGUCUGUCACAUAAAAACCCAUAUACACCUUGCUACACACUCCCAGUUACUCUCCCCCUAGUGAGACAGCCUGCUUU